GAGAGAGAGAGAGAGAGAGAGAGAGGGGGGGGGGGGGGGGGGGAUAAUAUCUAUGAAUUAGGAGGAAAUUGCGAUGAGACGACAAGACCACCAACAAUCUAGGGUUUACCUGGAGCUUUCUGCUCUGAUUCUCAACAUCCUCCGAUCUCCUCCUCCUACGCCGGCGGCUCCGUCAGGUUCCCCGUCAAGGCGACUGCCGCAGAUAUCUCCAACGGGUUUCGCGUCGUUGCUGUUGGGCAUUUCGCUGACUCUGAUGCUCUGCGGAUCGAUCACCUUCUUCAUUGGAUUCAUGUUGAUGCCUUGGGUUCUUGGAUUGGUCAUGGUUUUGUACGUGGCUGGAAUUCUCUCCAGUUUGUCGAUUAUCGGGCGCGCCGUUCUUUGUCACGCCACGUCACCGGCUGCACAGCCCAAGGAGGUUCGAGAGAGAACCAAGCUUCUGAUUAUAGGAGUUAGGGAAUAAUGAAGAAUGCAACUUUGGUGACUCGUCGGCAUACUAGUUUCAGUUUCAGCUUCUGCAUUCUUAGUCACGAUAAGCUUGGCAUGAAAACAGGUGCGUUGGUCUCACUUCAUGAAUCACACAUAAUUUGGCCUAUCGAAAAGCUCAGCCCUGAAAGUAGGUGCCUCCCUUCUCAAGCCAAUCCAAAAAAGUGAACUUGACACUAGGCUCAAUUUCAAGUGUAUGUUGGUCUUGCUUACUAAAACAUGGGAUCUUAAUUAACUUUGGCCUGCGACUAGACUUGUUUUGUCCUACAGUCUUAGAAACCUUAGCACCGGAAGUAAUCAUGGUUCAAGGAUGAUUUAGAAUUCCCUGGAAGGCUGGAGCCUUUGUCCAUCCUCUAUGUUCUGUUUUUCUUUUUGUGGAUUUAUUUUUUUUGGUCUACCAGUUCUCAAAUAUAUUUCAUGUCUCAUGCACAGAAACGUGCUAUGGUAUGUAUGUCAAUACGAUCAUUUUUUAAUUGCUUUUAACUUUUCAAUGCUGUAGCAUGGAAGCUCUUGUGAAGAUGGUUUACAAGUGGUUAAAGUAUUCCAUGGAGGAUUCAGCAGCACUAAUGCUACUUCUGCCAA